AUGGCAGGAGGUACCAAACGAUCCCGUCAAGAUGAUAUUGAUACACCCAUCACUCCCCCUUCAUCACAAGAAGACGAUACCCCUACGCCUACUCCUACUCCCACUGCAACUCCCACACCACCUAUCACACGUAAUUCAUCUUCCUCAAUUCAUACGAGAAGGCAAGCCACCACCGGUACCAACAAUGACACCACCACCACCACAUCUCGACCUCCAUUGACUCGAUCGUCAGCAACUCAACCACCACCACCCCGUAAUAACGGUUUGGGCAGGUCGAACUCUCUGUUCAACAUGUCAACUAGAAGAUCCGGUCUCACCUCAAUGUCAUCAUCAUCAUCUUCCUCUUCUUCUACCUCGUUUGCUGUCCCUUCUGGCUCAGGGUCAAGUAGGGUCGGGAUGUUAACGCGUACUCAAUCUACCCCAUCUAUCACUUCGCCCAGUCAACUCAAGGCAAUUGCAGGAGGAAGUGGCGGUAGCGGGCCAGCAGGAAAAGGUGAUCCCGAAGAUGGUCUGGGCGGUGGUGGACCUUCAAAGAGGUUCGGAAAAGGGAAAGAGAAUAUCCCACCGAGGAAGGACAAUAAUGAGAAUUCGUCUUCCGGCUCUGGCGGUCAGGAAGGUGGUUCGCAGAGGAAAAGACCUAGAGUAUCAAGUAGGGGUAGUAUGUCCGGUUCAGCUAGAUCGAGGGGAAGAAGUGGCAGUGUUGUCAGUGUGAGGAGUGAGACAAGUGGUCGACACUCUUCACUCGCUCCUUCAUCUUCUGCUUCCUCCAUUGCGUCAUGGUCUGCGCGUCUUCCUUCUCCCGCUCCUUCCCAAGCAUCGUCCAUCACCCCCUCACUCGAUUCGGUCACUUCGGCCGAUCCUCUCGAUCUCAUCAAGGACGAGGACGAGUUCGACGUCGAUAAGACCCCUACCAAGGCUAGACCAGUCACUCGAUCGACCGUGCUUCCUCCUACUCCACCACCUUCUUCCCCUUCCCUACGUGACGUGGAGAUCAAGUCCACCACCGAACGCGUCAACCUCAUGCGGGUGUAUAGCGAUAAAACCGAAACCGACGAGGAUGUCGAUAUGUCAGAAGACAAAGAGAUAAAAUUGAACCCAUAUAAACAACUCAAAGCUCAUCUGCGACUCUCGUCUUCCACCUCUGAAUCCACAUCUACCGAUCAGGUCAUCAUCGGUCGAGAAGAAGAGAAAAAGGUGUUGAGAUCGUAUCUGACCAACAGGAACGAUGUUGAUGUGGGCAUGUAUAUCUCCGGUCCACCAGGUACAGGUAAAACCGCUCUGGUCACUGCUCUAGGAAGGGAGUUGGCGGAAGAAGGUUGGAAGGUCGUUGGAUUGGGAUGUAUGGGUUUGAAAGUCACUGAUAUCUGGAGAAGGUUGGGUGAAGAGCUGAUUUGUGGGAAAACCGAAAAAGACGUAAAGGACUUUAUCGCUCAGGCGGAUUCUAAAGUGUUCAUCAUUCUCGACGAGGUUGAUUCACUCAUGCCACCACCACCUUCUAUCGCACCUCCAGCCACUUCCCACUUACUCACUAAGCUUUUCUCUCUUCCUUUACUCUCGCCAACCGUCAAACUUAUCUCUAUCUCCAAUACACUCGAUUUAACACUUCGAGCUCGACUUGUUCUACCUGAUAGCGCCCAACCCUUGGUCCUCCCUUUCAAAGCUUAUAAUGCGGGUGAAAUGGCACCUAUCGUCUCAUCUCGAAUUGCCGCUGCAACUGCUACCAUGUCUAACGGAGGACAGGCCAUCAAGAUCGAUCCUACCGCCAUCACUCUCCUUACUAAGAAGGUCGAAGCUCAGAAUGAAGAGAUCCCUACCAAAAUUCCUACCCUAACUGAAAGCACCUAUACCAACAUCUCCUCAAUUCAUACGAGAAGGCAAGCCACCACCGGUACCAACAAUGACACCACCACCACCACAUCUCGACCUCCAUUGACUCGAUCGUCAGCAACUCAACCACCACCACCCCGUAAUAACGGUUUGGGCAGGUCGAACUCUCUGUUCAACAUGUCAACUAGAAGAUCCGGUCUCACCUCAAUGUCAUCAUCAUCAUCUUCCUCUUCUUCUACCUCGUUUGCUGUCCCUUCUGGCUCAGGGUCAAGUAGGGUCGGGAUGUUAACGCGUACUCAAUCUACCCCAUCUAUCACUUCGCCCAGUCAACUCAAGGCAAUUGCAGGAGGAAGUGGCGGUAGCGGGCCAGCAGGAAAAGGGAAAGAGAAUAUCCCACCGAGGAAGGACAAUAAUGAGAAUUCGUCUUCCGGCUCUGGCGGUCAGGAAGGUGGUUCGCAGAGGAAAAGACCUAGAGUAUCAAGUAGGGGUAGUAUGUCCGGUUCAGCUAGAUCGAGGGGAAGAAGUGGCAGUGUUGUCAGUGUGAGGAGUGAGACAAGUGGUCGACACUCUUCACUCGCUCCUUCAUCUUCUGCUUCCUCCAUUGCGUCAUGGUCUGCGCGUCUUCCUUCUCCCGCUCCUUCCCAAGCAUCGUCCAUCACCCCCUCACUCGAUUCGGUCACUUCGGCCGAUCCUCUCGAUCUCAUCAAGGACGAGGACGAGUUCGACGUCGAUAAGACCCCUACCAAGGCUAGACCAGUCACUCGAUCGACCGUGCUUCCUCCUACUCCACCACCUUCUUCCCCUUCCCUACGUGACGUGGAGAUCAAGUCCACCACCGAACGCGUCAACCUCAUGCGGGUGUAUAGCGAUAAAACCGAAACCGACGAGGAUGUCGAUAUGUCAGAAGACAAAGAGAUAAAAUUGAACCCAUAUAAACAACUCAAAGCUCAUCUGCGACUCUCGUCUUCCACCUCUGAAUCCACAUCUACCGAUCAGGUCAUCAUCGGUCGAGAAGAAGAAAAAGGUACAGGUAAAACCGCUCUGGUCACUGCUCUAGGAAGGGAGUUGGCGGAAGAAGGUUGGAAGGUCGUUGGAUUGGGAUGUAUGGGUUUGAAAGUCACUGAUAUCUGGAGAAGGUUGGGUGAAGAGCUGAUUUGUGGGAAAACCGAAAAAGACGUAAAGGACUUUAUCGCUCAGGCGGAUUCUAAAGUGUUCAUCAUUCUCGACGAGGUUGAUUCACUCAUGCCACCACCACCUUCUAUCGCACCUCCAGCCACUUCCCACUUACUCACUAAGCUUUUCUCUCUUCCUUUACUCUCGCCAACCGUCAAACUUAUCUCUAUCUCCAAUACACUCGAUUUAACACUUCGAGCUCGACUUGUUCUACCUGAUAGCGCCCAACCCUUGGUCCUCCCUUUCAAAGCUUAUAAUGCGGGUGAAAUGGCACCUAUCGUCUCAUCUCGAAUUGCCGCUGCAACUGCUACCAUGUCUAACGGAGGACAGGCCAUCAAGAUCGAUCCUACCGCCAUCACUCUCCUUACUAAGAAGGUCGAAGCUCAGAAUGGUGAUCUGAGAAUGUGUCUUGGUGUACUCUGCUCAGCAAUCACUCUAGCCGAGAACGAAUGGUUGAAAAAGAAAUCCAACCAGGCCCUAGCGGAUAAUGGAGAGAAAAAAGAAAUCCCAAUGACCAAAAUUGCCGUUACCCAUAUACUGAAAGCUUUGACUUCUUAUACCCAACAUCUGAAAUCUGCCGCUGGAUCGACAUCUUCCAGCACCGGUAGUGCGACAAGUAAGAAAAUCAGAUCGGUACAGAUCCAAGGUAAAAUGGUCUUGGUAUCCCUUUUGGUCUAUUUGACUAGGGUGAAAUACGGAUUGAAUGGAUGUCCAUCUAUCUUUACAAGUAAUGGACAGAUCACACCUCCGCUUACACCUUCGAAAUCUUCUUCCAACCUGAUCGGUGAAUUGACUGUACAGAACUUGUAUACUACGUAUUGUCACUUAUUAUCACACGAUCAUUCGCCUUUCCCACCAUCGCCCGAAUCGGAUUAUCGAGAUCUACUAUCCAACCUUGAAACGUUAGGUCUGGUCAGUAUAGUAGGAGGUGGCUCAGGAUUAGGAUCGAUCGGUUUAAGUAGAUCUUCAAGUGGAGGAAGUGGAAGUUCGACGAGAUCUAAAUGUUCCUCUGGAGGAGGUGGGAAGAUUGAAUUGUGCGUUAAAGAAGAAGAACUUAAAGAUGGUUUAGGUCUUGGAUCUGCAAAAAUGCAGAACAAGGGGAUAGCCGAAGAGGAAGUGAAUAAGAUUUGGGAGAGGGAGGAAGGGAGAUUGAAGAGGAUGAGAGAGAAGGAAAGGGCUAGACUAGCUGGUCUGGCUGAUGGGACGAGUGAACAGUAUAUCUAA